AUGUCAGUCGACCCUAAUGACUUGUUUCACAAAGUUGUGAGUACUGUUAGAGCUUCAACAGCUUUAGCUGCGAAAGAUGUUGAUUUUUGUCGCAGUCUAGACGUCGAUGUUGCUGCUUCGAUCGAUAGCAAUGCAACAGAGGUAAUGGAAAUGAUCAAUGGUGUCCUAACUUCAAUAGAUCCGCAUUCUGAUCAGCUAGAAUCAGGCAAGGAUAAAUUGGAAGACUCAUGGAAGGACUUUAGUAAUUUGAUGGAUGCCCUUUUCGAGAAAUCAGACCGCUCCUUGGAUAUUUUAACCAAACGACAUACGUAUACUCAGGAAGCAAAGAGCCUUCAGUAUCUUGAUGAAUCUCAAGACAAAGAGUCUAGUCCUCUGGUCCGUAUUUCAAAGCCACAAUUGCAAUUUGAAAGACCAGUUGAUAAUAGUGAGUCACAUCCUUUUAUUCCUCUGCUAGUUGAAAAGCCGCACUCAAUGAAACCGCUUUCUGAAUGCUUAAGAUUAAUUCCUGAAGAAGAUGACAUGCCGGAGCACUAUUCACAGCCUUAUUCGUACGAGAUUGAUCAUCAAGAGUACGAUGCCUCGGUUCUUGUCAAAUCUGAUCCUAUACCUUCACAACCUUGGAAUGGCACUGAGGCCAUCUGGGUGGAUAAUAUGGAAUCUCUACAUGAUCUGCUAUUAGAAUUGAAAAAAUACAAAGAAAUUGCAGUUGAUUUGGAGCAUCAUGAUUAUAGAUCCUAUUACGGUAUAGUAUGUUUGAUGCAAAUCAGCACCCGGGAUAAAGACUAUUUAAUCGAUACAAUCUCUCUGCGCGAAAAGCUAAAGAUUUUGAAUGAAGUUUUUGCAGAUCCUCAAAUUGUGAAGAUUUUUCAUGGUGCCUUCAUGGACGUUAUUUGGUUACAGAGAGAUCUGGGUCUUUACGUUGUUAGUCUUUUCGAUACAUAUCAUGCAUCCAGGGCAGUAGGGCUUCCGAGAUUCAGCCUGGCAUAUCUGUUGGAAAAGUACUCUAAUUUCAAAACGUCUAAAAAAUAUCAGCUGGCAGAUUGGAGGGUUAGGCCUCUUCCUAAGGCAAUGGCAGCCUACGCUAGAUCUGAUACUCAUUUUCUUCUAAAUAUUUACGACCAAUUGAGGAACCAGCUAAUUCAAGAGAACAAAUUGGCAGGUGUACUAUUUGAGUCUCGAAAAGUUGCUAAAAGAAGAUUUGAAUAUGCGGCUUAUAGACCCAAAAUUCCACUUGCAUCUGUGUAUUCUUCUGCAGAAAAGGCAAAUGCUUGGCAAACAUUAAUGUAUCAGUAUAACAUACCACCAGAGAAGGAAAUGUUACUUAAAAAGUUGUAUGAGUGGAGAGAUAUGAUCUCUAGAAGAGAUGAUGAAUCUUCAAGGUUCGUUAUGCCAAAUCAAUUACUGGUCGCACUUGUUUCUUAUGCACCUGUUGAUUCGAUUGGGGUUGUUUCUGCAAGUAAUAUGAUGUCUGAUCAUGUUCGGUCCAAUUCUAAAGAAAUUGCAAAUCUAAUAAGAAAAACUGAAGAGUUACCGGGUUCCAAUAGUAUUCACCAAAGCCCAAAAUUUAAGCAAUCUAGAAGCAAUAUUGAUAUAGUCAAGGUUUUAACAAUUACCCAGGUCCAGCAGAAAGUGUCGCAAUUUAAAACUCUCUCUGAGAGUCAUGCAUCUAAAAAUUCUAUUGAUACUGCUGGAAGUAGCUCACUUUUGCUUGGCGAUAUUUUAUCCAAAAAUUACGCUGCCUCUGAAUAUCUGGAUGGAAGAGCUAUAGAAAUUACAGAUAGCCAAUUAAAACACAGAGCACUUGAACCACUAGCAAAACUAAGCGCAUUCGAUAAUGCUACCUCUUAUACAGUGUCGGUAGUUGCAAAGUCAGAAAACUCCGAGAAUGAGAAAAAACAACCCAAUCAUAUAACGAAAGAGGAUAGGAAUGCCACCUCAAAUGAAACAGACUCAAAGAAACCUGAGAUGAAGGAAAAUAUGGAUGAGAUUGUAACAUUGAAAGUUUCUAAAGGUAGCGGGAAGAAGUUUCGUGGCAAUGAUCUUUCUAAGAGCUCUACUGUAGACGUCAUUGACUAUAACAAGAGCGAAAAAAUUCUUCAGAAAAACAGUGGCGAAAGGAAUAAAAAUGCCAGGAAAAGAAGUUUUGAUCCAUAUUCAGCUCCGAAUAAUUCAUCUGGGGCACCCAAGACACCAAAAAGAAGAAAGGCAACCAAUAGAGGUAAAAGUGCAUCUUUCAAAAAAUAA